UUUAUGACGACGCAGUGGAAGAGCGUGUGAUCAAUGAGGAAUAUAAAAUAUGGAAGAAGAAUACUCCAUUUCUCUAUGAUCUCGUUAUGACACAUGCAUUAGAAUGGCCAAGUCUUACUGUACAGUGGCUUCCUGAUGUUACCAGGCCUGAAGGAAAAGACUAUAGUGUUCAUCGUUUGGUGCUUGGGACGCAUACAUCUGAUGAACAGAAUCAUUUGGUCAUUGCAAGUGUUCAGAUCCCCAAUGAUGAUGCUCAGUUUGAUGCUUCUCACUAUGAUAGUGAGAAGGGAGAAUUUGGAGGAUUUGGAUCUGUGAGUGGAAAAAUAGAAAUUGAAAUUAAAAUCAAUCAUGAAGGUGAAGUGAACCGAGCACGUUAUAUGCCACAGAAUCCGUGCAUCAUUGCCACUAAAACCCCCACCUCUGAUGUGCUUGUCUUUGACUAUACCAAGCAUCCAUCUAAGCCAGAUCCCAGUGGUGAAUGUAACCCUGAUCUUCGACUGCGUGGCCACCAAAAAGAAGGAUAUGGUCUCUCCUGGAACCCAAACCUAAGUGGACAUCUUCUCAGUGCUUCGGAUGAUCAUACUAUCUGUCUUUGGGACAUAAGUGCAGGUCCAAAAGAAGGAAAGAUAGUAGAUGCUAAAACAAUUUUUACAGGCCAUACUGCGGUUGUAGAAGAUGUCUCCUGGCAUUUAUUGCAUGAAUCUUUGUUUGGAUCUGUAGCUGAUGACCAGAAGCUAAUGAUCUGGGACACAAGGUCAAAUAAUACUUCAAAACCAAGCCAUUCCGUAGAUGCGCACACAGCUGAAGUCAACUGUCUGUCCUUCAACCCGUACAGUGAAUUUAUCCUAGCCACUGGCUCUGCUGACAAGACGGUGGCAUUAUGGGACCUUCGAAAUCUAAAAUUAAAGCUCCACUCCUUUGAGUCUCACAAGGAUGAGAUCUUUCAGGUGCAGUGGUCUCCACACAAUGAAACUAUCCUUGCUUCCAGCGGUACUGAUCGUCGCCUCAAUGUUUGGGAUUUAAGUAAAAUUGGCGAGGAGCAAUCAGCUGAAGAUGCAGAGGAUGGACCUCCAGAACUACUGUUUAUUCAUGGAGGACAUACUGCAAAAAUUUCUGAUUUCUCCUGGAAUCCAAAUGAACCAUGGGUAAUCUGUUCUGUAUCAGAAGACAAUAUUAUGCAAGUUUGGCAGAUGGCUGAGAAUAUUUACAAUGAUGAAGAACCUGAUACACCUGCAUCUGAACUUGAGAGCCAAGGAUCAUAAACCCCAUUUGACACCACCUCUUUUUUUAAAAAAAAGUCUAAGAUUGUUUUAGACUGAUAAUCCUAACAACCAUUUUCCAAGCAACCUUUUUCCACUGGAAUGCUGAGGCUUGUAUAUAAAAAGCACUUAUGCAAAUUCUGACGUGCAACUCCUUGCUUUUCCACGGGUGGCGUACAGAAAUUUGGAAGUGUUUUGAGAAUGCAGUGCCUGAUUUAUACAGUAGUAUGUAUUCCUUAGUAUGUAUAAAAGUUUAUUGAUAGCUGCUUAAGCACAAAUGUGUACACUUGUGUGUUGCGGUGUUGCGUAAUAUACAGUUUGACCCUGAAAUGUGAUUGGCAGUAGGGGCACUAAUUCAGUGUGCAUGUAAUUUGGUUCCAAUGGAAGAGAGUUAAAAUUGCUGAAAUCUCUGUAAAGCAAUGUUGUCUUUCAACUCAAAAGCUGAAGAGUAUUUUUUUAAAAUUCAGUGUACAUAUUUCAACACAUGAAAGUCUUUUGGUUUACUUCUGCCUAACUCCCUCCAGCCCACCAACGUACACUUACACUAUAGUGGUUCAAGGUACCAUUGAUUUUCCAGCUUAUUCUGAAAGCACGUAACAACAUGCCCACAAGUUUGAAAUAACUAGAAAUUAUUCCAUAUCAAAGUAUGCAUUUUGAUUUGCAUUUUGAUUUACAUUUUAUAAUCGAGCAUAAGGUGAUGAAAUGCUGCUGCUGCAGUCUUCAGUAGUUGAGAGCUAACUUUCUUUAAUGUGGUGGUUUUCUUACACUCCCUUGAAGCUCGGAUAUCUGUACAAUUAAGAAUUCCGGUAGACAUUUGCUUCUGUGUUUUCCUUUGUUAAACAACUGCAUCUGUGCACAUUGUAGAGCAGGGAUAUAUAAACAAUAAACCUUUUGUAAUAAUUUUCAACUUAGCUUUGCUUUUUAACAUGUAAACAUCAAAGGUAGAAACUGAUCAACCACUAAUCAUAUGAAAAGUUAAUUUGCAGUUUGAUUUUGUAAAUCUUGUGAAUGAAAUUUAUAGUCACAUGUCCAAGUAGAAAUUAACAAAUGCUGCACCGGUGUUUUCAGUUUCUCUCUCAAUCUCCUCCCCCCACCCCCGCCACCACCACAGCUUCUGCUGUAAAAUGCUAAUUAAGUGGAUACCUAUUCACAUAGCGUAAAUAGUAGAACAUCCAGCCUCUCAAACAUGCUCAACCAUUUAAUAUGAUCACGGCUGAUCUUUCUGCCUCUUCCACAGCUUUGAUUCUCAGUCUAAAAAUCUGUUACCUUCAAUCUUCUGGGAUAGAGAAGUGCAAAGAUUCACAAUCUUUGAUUAGGACAUUUCUUAAUCCAAAAGGUUCUAUUGCCUUAUCCCAAGACUUUGUCUCUGUUCUAGAUUCUCAAGACAGGAGAAACAGUUCUUUCCUUAUCAAGUCCCUUCAGUAUCUUUUUAAUGUAUUGUGUACAGUCUGGUCACUGCACUACCAGAAGCAUGUGGAUGCUUUGGAGAGGGUACAGAAAGGAUGCACCAGGAUGUUACCUGGUAUGGGAGAUUUUGGCUACGAAGAAAGGUUGGAUAGACUGGGUUUGCUUUCACUGUAAUGCAGGCGAUUGAGGGGGUGACCUAAUGGAAGUUUAUAAAGUUGUAAAUGGCAUGGUAGUGGAACAUGUUGAGGCUUUUUCCAGGGUGGAGGGGUCAAUUAUGAGGAGACAAUAAGUUGAAGGUACAAGGUGGGGUGUGUGUGUGUGGAGUUUGAUGUACGAGGCAUGUUUUUCCAUACAAAAGUGGUGAGUGCCUGGAACACGCGGUUGGUGGUGGAAGCAGAGACAGUAGCAGUAUUCAGGAGGCACCUAGACAAGUAUGUGAAUAGGAAGGGAAUAGAGGGAUACAGAUCCUGUAAGUGAAGCCAGCUUAGUAUGGAAGAACAAAAUGUGGUGGCGCAGACUUGGAGGGCUGAAGGGCCUGUUCCUGUGCUGUGGUGUUCUUUGAAGUCACCUUUUUUUGUUUUUUCUGAUCACUGAACAGUUACUUGAUUUCACGACCUUGGAGGUGAAGCAGAAAGGUAAGAGAGCACAAUUUAAAUUAUGUACACCCUCCACUUUCAAGGAUUAUUACUCGAGGUCUGUCCACAUUUAUAUAGAAACAUCAACCACCUGUGAUGCUAAAUUAGCAGAAGAAAUAGAAAGUUGCAAGUUCAAUGCAGAAAGAAUGUGUUGUAGUAGUCUUUGUUCACCAAUAGUUUAUUUGUGACAUCUCUCUGAGGUAUGAUCAAUGGGCUGAAACCGAGGGAUGGGUACUGUGUAGGAUGUCAAUUUGUUUGCAAAAUUGAUAAUGGAAAGAAUCUUGUACUAUAAAAGCAGAUCACCAUUCUAGUAAUAUAAAUGAGAUGUGCUUUUGGAAUGGCUGAUGUUCUAUACAGUAUUAAGUAUUUUGCAAACUUUUGCUGGUUUGAGCAGAAUUAAUAUAGAAAUGGAAUAUAGUAUUUUCUGUCCCAUGAGCCUGUCUGGUCCUGUUGACCUCUAGGUAGACUUGCACACGCACACUGGGAUUUCUUCCAUAGAGUCUGAGUUAUACAGCAUGGAAAUGGGCCCUUUGGCCCAAUUCAUUCAUGCCAAUCUCUUUGCCUACGAGUGGUCCUUAUCCUGUUUAAACCUUUCCUCCUAUCCAUGUACCUGUCCACAUGUCUUUUAAAUGCUGUCAUCAUAGAGAAAUCUCAUAAUUUCAAAACUCAAUGUUAAUACCCUUGACAAACAAUUGAUCUGGCAUCAAUUGCCAUCAGCAGGAGAGAGCGAAACUUUGAGCACUUCUAGGAAGAAGUGUUUUCUAAUGUCACUGCUGAGGGGUCUGAUUCUAAUGUUUGGAUUGUAAUAUUUGAGGAAUAUAAACUCAAGUUGGUAAUUGAGAUUGUAACAGCUUGAAAUACAGGAUGAUUUUUAAAUGUUAAUUGACACAUCCAUUAACAUUGGUAUUCAAGUAUAUGCUGCAUUUACACUUAAAUGUGAUCAGCAACAAUCUAUUUGGACUGCUUAUCACUGUGGUACAAUUUAACUGAAAAGUAAUCAUUUAAUAUACCAUUUAAUUAAUCUAAACCUGUAACACAGUUUGAAUUCAAAUAUUUUGUUGAUUUAAAAUUCAAAUGUAAUUUCCAUGUCUCUCUGGUUUAAUAAUCUAGACAUUUGAAAUAUGUGGAGAUGUUUUUUUUUGAAAAAGUGGCAUGUUAAGAUUCAUGGCUAAUUCUGCAACUUUGACUUACAGUUGAAAUCCUCUUAAACUAUUUCCUUUAUGUAUUUCGGUUUGUGGAGUUAAUGCUGAACCACAACUGUUAAUAAUACUUGAUAGCUGAAGUCAGUUCACAAUGUCGGUGCUUAAACUUCAUGCUUUCUACACGCUUGAUCUGCCACAGGCAUAACAUCAAGCCAUGGUUUUAUCACAACUUCACCUUCAUUCCAAAAGGAUAAACUGAAGCAAUAUGACUUAAAAACAUCAAUGUUCCAUUCUUCCUCAAUCUUCUGAAGAAAGAAAUGUUUCCACACAUCAGGUUUUGCAUGCUUUCUAGUUCUUGAGCAGUUUAUAAGUGUCUUCUUGGAGAAAUGGUGCAAGGAUUAAGAUUUUUGCUUAUUGCUGACCUUGGCCAUUUAGAUAAAGGGAUACAAAGUAAACAGACCAUGGUCCUGUCUGCUAAGACCUAGAAAAUGGAGAGUGGAGCAAGGAGGUGAGAGAUUGAUAGAAUCAUUUACUUGUAAAAUUGUCCCAGACAAAGUUACUCUGAAUUCCUGAAUUGCCCUGUAUAAGAAAUGCUGCAAAGUGAAUCAAAGUCAAUGUUUCACAAAUGUGAUGAACAAUAUUAAGUGUGGAUCUCUGUUGCUUUACGCUCCAUUAUUGAAAUACCACUUGGAAACCAGGAGCUGCAUUGCUAUCAAUUAAUAUGAAUGUGGGUAAAUGAAAUGUCAAUUUCACUGAAAUAACACUUGAAAACAAAACAAUAAGAAACCAGUUCAAUAACACAAAAAACUUUCUAACCUGAAGUGUACAUGACAAAAGAAACCAGCAAUAGUUAUUAUCUAUACUUAUAUUUGAUUUGCUUUGUACAUGUCCUUAGUAAAUAACAUUAGAUUCACAUUUCCGGAAUUCUACAAAACUUGUGAAAAUUUGAAAACAAGACUGUGCUGACCACCCAUUCAAAUACUUGCCCAAACCCCUGAAAAAAAUAAAACUGAUUUUAAGCAUUGA